AGUGUCUAUGUCGUUUAGGUGAGCUGUACGUGCAGAGGCGGAUAGAGGGGCGCAGGAGCGGCACUGAGCAAGCAGCGGCAGCGGCAGCGGCAGCGGAAUGGGCAAGAAAAAGAAGGAAGUGAGCAGUUCCGAGCCCUACGGGGAACCAGUCAAGUAUGACCCGACUUUCAAUGGUCCAAUCAAAAACAGGAGUUGCACUGACAUCAUCUGCUGUGCGCUGUUUAUGGUCUUCAUUGUGGGUUAUAUGAUCGUGGGUAUCUUGGCCUGGUUAUAUGGUGACCCACGUGAAGUGAUCUAUCCCAGGAACUCCACUGGCAUGUACUGUGGCAUCGGGGGUAAUGAGGGCAAAGCCUAUGUCUUCUACUUUGACAUCCUGAAAUGUGCCACCCCGACGGGCAUCCUGACUUCUGUCCUCAACGGUCUUCAGUGUCCAACAACUCAGAUCUGUGUUUCGAAAUGUCCGGAGAAUUUCUGGCUCCCAGUGGCAUCGCUGGUCCCGGGGAUUAAACCGGAUAUGGUCUUCCAACAGGAAUAUUGCAACCCUUCCCUUGACCUAAAAAACACCACCUUGAAACCAGAUGACAUUUUGGUGAAAGAGUUAUGUCCUGCGUACACUAUUCCGAGUACACCGUUCUUCAGUAGAUGUUUACCAAAGCUGGACGGUGUGAUAUACCCUGCCAACUUUAGCAUUGGUGGUGUCACUCCAGGCAAUGCCACAGCUGAAAAGGUGAAAGAUGCUACCGGGGAUCUGCUGAAAAGCUUCAAUGCCAAGGAGGUGGGCAUGAGGAUUUUUGAGGAUUUUACAAAGUCCUGGCAUUGGAUCCUAAUCGGCCUGGUGAUUGCUAUGAUCGUGAGUCUGCUGUUCCUGCUGCUCCUGAGGUUCCUGGCCGGAAUUCUAGUCUGGUUCCUGAUCAUUGCCCUGAUUGCUGUCAUUGCUUAUGGUAUUUGGCACUGCUACUGGGAGUAUGACGAGCUGAACAAAAAAGGAUCUACCAUCACGACUGUUGGCUUUACCACGGAUAUUGCGGUCUACAGACAAGUCAAGGAGACCUGGCUGGCUGUCUUGAUCAUCCUGGCUGUCCUGGAGGUUAUAAUUCUGCUGUUACUGAUCUUCCUGAGGAAGAGAAUCUUGAUUGCCAUUGCACUCAUCAAGGAAGCCAGCAAGGCAAUUGGUCACAUUAUGUCAUCGCUUGUUUACCCCUUAUUCACCUUUGUACUUUUGGUGAUCUGUGUGGCAUACUGGGGAAUGACUGCUCUAUAUCUAGCCACAUCAGGCCAACCUCUGUAUCGGGUGGUGAAUUUGGGCCUUUCAUCCCCCAGCUGUGAUGCCAUCCUUGGUAAUGAAACCUGUAACCCCUUGGCUUUCAAUGCCUCCAAGUACAACUGCGAAGGGGUGAAAUGUGCCUUCUAUAAAUACAACGACGAGGGUCUCUUACAGCAGAACCUCUUCAACCUGCAGAUCUACAACAUUAUUGGCUUCCUAUGGUGCAUAAACUUUGUCAUUGCCCUGGGCCAGUGCACUCUGGCAGGAGCCUUCGCCUCCUAUUACUGGGCCUUCAAGAAACCAGCAGAUAUUCCCCAUUUCCCAGUGUCCAGUGCCUUAAUUCGCAGCCUCAGGUAUCACACUGGCUCACUGGCCUUCGGAGCACUGAUCCUAACCAUCAUUCAAUUUAUAAGAAUUAUUCUGGAAUACUUGGACCACAAGCUGAAAAAUUACCAUAACCCUUGCACCAAAUUCCUGAUGUGUUGUCUCAAAUGUUGCUUCUGGUGCCUGGAGAAAUUCAUCAAGUUUCUAAAUCGCAACGCCUACAUUAUGAUUGCUAUUUAUGGUAAAAAUUUCUGUACAUCAGCCAAGAAUGCAUUCAUGCUCUUGAUGAGGAAUGUGGUCAGGGUGGUGGUCCUGGAUAAAGUCACGGACCUGCUGCUGUUUUUUGGGAAGCUCCUCGUUGUCGGUGGAGUGGGUGUCCUGGCAUUUUUCUUCUUCACUGGGCGGAUAAAAAUUCCCGACCCGACAUUCCAGGCUCCGGCCCUGAACUACUACUGGCUGCCUAUAUUGACUCUGGUGGUUGGCUCCUAUAUGAUCGCCCACGGUUUCUUCAGUGUUUACAACAUGUGUGUCGACACCCUGUUCCUCUGCUUCUUGGAGGAUCUGGAGAGGAACGAUGGGUCACAGCAGAAGCCCUAUUACAUGCCCGUGUCCCUGAUGAAGAUCCUCAACAAGAAAAACAAGUCUGACAAAUCCAAGGAGAAGAAAUAAUCCCUCACCCGCUUGCGAUAUGCGAUGUUGUUGUAAGAUUGCUGAAGGCCAAUUUGUUGCCUUGUGCCAGGGAAAGAGAGCAGACUUUGUGGGGCUGGGUGGAGGGUGAGA